AUGAAGUUUCUCUCGCUUCUUCUGCUGGCGGGCGUCGCCCAGGCAAUUGUUCCUCCUCGUGAGCCUCGCCCACCAACUGGUGGUGGCAGGAAGCUGCUGAGCUACAAGGAGUGUGUUCCUAGAGCAACCAUUGCCCCGAGGUCUACCUCUCUCGCGUGGAUUAACAGCGAUGAAGAUGGUCAGUACAUCUCACAGGGGGCGGAUGGUGCCUUGAUCCUUCAGAACGUUGUCACAAACACCAACCAGACCCUCGUUGCUGCCGAUAAGGUCCCCAAGGAUUACUAUGACUACUGGAUCAAGCCCGACCUCUCUGCUGUCUUGUGGGCGACCAACCACACCAAGCAGUACCGUCACUCUUACUUCUCCAACUACUUCAUCCUUGAUAUCAAGGGAGGUUCUUUGACACCCUUGGCUGCAGACCAGGCCGGCGACAUCCAAUAUGCGCAAUGGAGCCCCGUCGAUAAUUCGAUUGCUUAUGUCCGUGGAAACGACCUGUAUGUCUGGAGCGCUGGCAAAACCAAGCGCAUUACUGAAAAUGGCGGCCCAGACACCUUUAACGGUGUUCCGGACUGGGUGUACGAGGAAGAAAUCUUCGGAGACCGAUUUGCUCUCUGGUUCUCCCCAGAUGGUGAAUAUCUUGCGUACCUCCGCUUUAACGAGACCGGUGUCCCAACCUACACUGUCCCAUACUACAAGAACAAGCAAAAGAUUGCUCCUCCUUACCCAAGAGAACUCGAAAUCCGCUACCCCAAGGUCUCCGCAAAGAACCCUACCGUUCAGUUCCACCUUUUGAACAUUGCUUCGUCAGAGGAAACAUCUGUCCCAAUUGACGCAUUCCCUGAAGACGACCUUGUCAUCGGCGAGGUUGCUUGGCUCAGCAGUGGUCACGAUAAUGUCGCCUUCCGCGCCUUCAACCGUGUCCAGGAUCGAGAGAAGAUCGUCAGCGUCAACGUUGGAUCCAAGCAGUCCAAGGUCAUCCGCGAGCGAGACGGCACCGAUGGCUGGAUUGAUAACCUCCUGUCUAUUUCAUACAUUGGAAAGAUUGACGGAAAGGAAUAUUACGUUGAUAUCUCUGAUGCGUCUGGCUGGGCUCAUCUGUACCUUUACCCCGUCGACGGUGGCAAGGAGAUUGCCCUGACCACCGGAGACUGGGAAGUCACCGCCAUUCUCAAGGUUGAUACCAAGAACAAGUUGAUCUACUUCGCUUCCACCAAAUUCCACAGCACCACCCGACAUGUCUACUCGGUCUCGUAUGACACCAAGGUAAUGACUUCACUCGUCAACGACAAGGAAGCUGCCUAUUACUCUGCCUCUUUCUCCGCCAAGGGGGGCUACUACAUUCUCUCCUACCAGGGCCCCAACGUUCCCUACCAGGAGCUCUACUCCACCAAGGAUAGCAAGAAGCCUCUCAAGACCAUCACCAGUAAUGAUGCUCUGAUCGAAAAGUUGAAGGAAUACAAGCUCCCCAAGAUCACUUACUUUGAUAUCAAGCUUCCAUCCGGAGAAACCCUCAAUGUUAUGCAGCGUCUACCACCAAACUUCAACCAGUUCAAGAAGUACCCGGUCCUUUUCACUCCAUAUGGUGGCCCUGGCGCGCAGGAGGUCAGCCAGUCAUGGAAGUCAUUGGACUUCAAGGCCUACAUUACCUCUGAUCCAGAGCUGGAGUAUGUUACCUGGACCGUUGAUAACCGUGGAACCGGUUUCAAGGGCCGCAAAUUCCGCAGCGCUGUAACGAAGCGUCUGGGUUUCCUCGAGGCCCAGGACCAAGUAUUUGCCGCCAAGGAGAUCCUGAAGAACCGCUGGGCCGACAGCGAGCACAUCGGAAUGUGGGGAUGGAGUUACGGCGGUUUCUUAACUGCUAAGACCCUCGAGACCGACAGUGGGGUCUUCACCUUCGGCAUGAGCACUGCUCCCGUUUCUGACUUCCGACUCUAUGACAGCAUGUACACCGAGCGAUACAUGAAGACAGUUGAGCUGAACGCAGACGGUUACAGCGAGACCGCCGUGCACAAGACAGAUGGAUUCAAGAAACUCAGGGGCUCUUACCUCAUCCAGCACGGUACCGGUGACGACAAUGUUCACUUCCAGAACUCUGCCGUUCUAUCAAACACACUCAUGAACGGAGGCGUGACCCCAGAUAAGCUGAUGACCCAGUGGUUCACCGACUCCGACCACGGCGUUAGAUAUGAUAACGACUCUACCUUCCAGUUCAAGCAGCUUACCAAGAUGGUCUAUGAUCAGAAGCAAAGGAGACCCGGCCGCCCAGUGGACCACCAGUGGAGCAAGAGGGCUUUGGCUGCUCUCUUCGGCGAGGAGGAAGAGGAAUGA